GCCGAAGACCUCUCUUCUUGUGCACUCCGCCCGCCGCUCCGUGGAUAGCUGGCUUUGAGGUCCGUUUGUCUGCUUGUGCUGCGCCACCAUUGUGCUCUUCCCUCCCGAGCUCGAGGACGUUUCCCCCCCCCCUCCCCAUGUCCCAUUCGGAGAUCGACCCGCUUCCCGAAGAGGGCUGCCACGAGGGCUUCCUCGCCACGGUGCCCCCAAAUGACGGCAGCUGCAAUGUGGCAUGUGCCGGCUCGGCACCCAUGCCCGAGGAGCAGCCCGACGCCCUGGUGGAAAAGAUGGCCGCGCUGCAAGUGAAGCAUGAUGUCGAUGGCUCCCAAGGCCCGUCGCCGGGGGAAAGCCACAUGCCGGAGCCGGGGCCCUUGGUGCCGAGUUGUUCCAAGUGCAACAGCACCGCGAUCUCAUGCCUGGCGCAAUGUGGCGACUGCCGGGACUGGUUCUGCAACAUCCAAGACUCCCGACAGACCCAUCUGUACGGGCACUUCGUGGACCAUGGCCACAAGAGCCUGAUUUUCCCCAAGAGCCAUCAUUCCGACGGCGGGAUUGCCAAGUGCAGUAUCUGCGGGAGGAGCGACAUUUUCGAUCUCCGCUUCGACGAGAGAAUCUCCAAGUACCACUUCUUUUGUUUUUCCAACUGCCUGGCGCUCUGGGAUUGCAUCAUCCACGAGUUACGAUGGGUGCCUUUGGUUGGGAAUCGGUGCAUUUCACCGGUGGUGCUGUCGACGUGCCCGUCCGAGGUACGCCCCCUGGUCACCCUUCCACCGGAAGGCCGGACGGCGGAGGAUCUCCCAGCUGACUUGCCCCACCCGCUCGGCCGCCUGCCUGCCCGUCCACAUGAAAAGGCGCCGGAGUUGCGCGACCCGGUGAAGGACCGGCGGCAUACGGGCUCCCGGAUGGAGUCCACGCAAAGGGCGACACUCAUGGACUCGACCUCGGCCCGGAUGGCGCAGGGCCGCGUGCCGGACAUGUGCGUUUUUGUUUGCCGGCACAGGCGGCCGCCAUUUGUGCCGGCCGACGGUGCUCGGCUCGCGCUUUCAUGCCCCUCCCUUGCUCCUUGUGUCUGGAGGUCCCCUGGGGUCUGCUUUUUUUUUUCUUCGCCCCGCAUAAGUGUCCCCCUUCCGGGAUCAUUUCGAGGCAUGCCUGCGGCCGCUGGGGCUCCAGCCUCCCCCCCGGGCUUCGGCUCCUAAUUGACGCCUUCCUUGCCAUGUCGAAGCUUCCUCUCGCCGGGUCACUAUCGGAGUGUCUUCGAGCCGCUCAUCAAGAUGGAAAUGGAGAGCGCCAGCCAACUGUCCAACGCGCAUGUCGAGCAAAAUGUGGCAGGCUGUCUGGUGAAUGAUCGUCCCGGCCACAUUGACCUGCCUCAUGACAGUAUGCUGCGGGUGAAAGUGGGCAACUUCCUGGAGAUUUCCCACCCGCCUAGUGGCAGAGAGGUCUACUACUUCCAGGUGAUCAAAAUCGUCGACGAUUACCCUGAUGGCCAAACGGUUGUCAUUGUACUGAAACAUGGUUCCCUCCCCGGGGGCAGUCACAGUUGGUGGGAAGGUGACUUCGAGGUGAAGCUCAGUGACAAUCCCAUCCACUAUCUGCGUAUCGUCAGGGCACUGCAGCAUUCCGCCAGGCUAUACAAGCCGAGCUUCGGCCUCUUGGAGUACAUCUUGGGCUACCCUGACGACGUGAUCGAGCCGUGGCAUGACUUCCAACCGCUCGAGAUGCCGGACACUUUCCAAGCCCCGGGCAUCAGCCCGCCCAAUGCCUCGCAGCUGGCCGUCAUGCAGAAGGUGGUCCAGCGGCCAUUCAGCCUGAUUCAAGGCCCCCCGGGCACCGGGAAGACCGCUACCAUUGCCAAUUUGGCUUACUUCUUCCACUCGCAAGGGCGGAGCGUUCACCUUUCGGCCCCUUCCAAUGUGGCGGUGUCCAACAUGUGCGGCCGGGUUCAUGCUUCGGGUCUGGAUGUGCUGUGGAUGGAGAGCGACUCGCGAGAGUAUGUCGCAUCGCCCCACAAGCAUCUGACCAUAAAGGAGAAGAUGAAGAACCUGGAUUUGACUCCUCGGAUCUCCCUCGAGUCCGCGCGGAGCGGCUUGUAUUCACUUGAGCACAAACGUAAAAGGCCUUCGGAUCUUCGCCGGGCUCGCCGGGAGGAGAUCCUGAAAGAGGCCAGCAUCGUCGGGGCCACGCUGUCCUCGUCGGCCGCCAUGGAGCGGGAAUUCGACGUGCUGAUCAUCGAUGAAGCCACCCAGUGCACGGAUCCGGAGGUGCUGGUGGCGAUGAUGCAUGGGCACAAGACGAUCAUCAUGGUUGGCGACCAGAUGCAGCUGGGCCCGGUGGUGUUGAAUGCCCGGUGCAUGGCGGCCGGGCUGAAUCGCUCGAUGUUUCAGCGGUUGGUGGCACUCCGAGGGGAUCCCCUCCGGCUGGACAUUCAAUACCGGAUGCAUCCCUCGAUGGCGGCCUUCCCGGCGAAGGUCUUUUACCAGGGGACGCUGGAGAAUGGCGUGACGGCCGAGCAGCGCACCCCGGCGGAGGUGGAAUUCCCCUGGCCCGACCCCAAGACGCCGAUGAUGUUUUGGAAGAACCAUGGCAGGGAGAAGCCGGACCACCGGGAUACCUCCUACUACAAUCCCUCCGAGGCGAGCCGGGUGCUGCAGGUGCUGAACCGGCUGCUGGAUCGGGGAGUGUCGCCGGACGAGAUUGGCAUCAUUUCGCCGUACAACGGCCAGUGCCGGCACAUUCGCUCGCUCAUGAUGCAGCCGGCCAACUAUGCCAAGAGACAGCUUUACAAACGAGUCGAGGUGGCCAGCGUCGACGCCUUCCAGGGGUCCGAGCGGAAUUACACCAUUCUGUCGUCCGUUCGCACCGAUCACCCGGGCUUCCUGGCGGACAAGCGCCGGCUGAAUGUGGCCAUCACGCGCGCGCGCUUUGGAAUGGUCAUCAUCGGCAAUGUUGAGCUCCUGCGACAGAUCCCCGUGUGGCGCAGGCUUAUCGAGCACUAUCAAGAGCAGGGACUCCUGGUGGAGGGCAAGCUCGACGAAUUGCGGGUCGUUCAGAGGGAGGAGGCCGGCCCGGCGUCGGGGCCCGACACACUGGAUGACGCCGGCGCACCCUCGUCCCUGGGCACCACGGGGACCGGCGCCCCCGAAGGGGCCGCCGUCUCGCCGACCGACCGCGACUAGCCGGGACGGAGCAUGCUGGCGCUUGGUCGAUGGCGGCGGCCAGGCACGGCUCGGGGCCUGGGUCUCUUCCACGCUCGGGCAAUCGGGCGCGGGAGUGGCUGAAUGUGCCCUGGCAAAGUGCGGGCCGGGCCCGGGCCUGGCUUUGCACCGGUGCUCGCCGGGGGGGGGCCCCUGCCCUGCGGCUCCCCCGGGGCCGGGCGGCGGGGGGCGGCCGCACCCGGUCGGGGGGCUGGCCGUCUCGGAGCCCUCCACCGCAUACAAAUGCACACUUUUGGCAUCUUUCAUUUUUCUUCGCGCAGACCGGCCAAACAAGGUGCCGGCCCUUGGCGAGAGUGUUCCCGGAGGAGGGGUGGAGGAAGCCGCCCUUGAAAGGGUCCUCGGUCGCGGCAGUCCACAUGGUGGGACACUUGUCGGGGUGUUCAUCGGGGUGGGGUUUUUUUUUUUUCGUGGCUCCCCUGGCCAUUGUCUGGCGGCUGGGGCGGGUGGCCAUCGAUGCACAUUGCCCGCGAUGGCUUGCCAUGAGUCAUGCUCGCGGCCGAGGGCCUUCCCGGUCCCGAUGCGGCCUUUCUUUGGGUGGCGAGAGCUCUCGUUUGGGGGCUUGCCCCGUCGCCGACCGAUGGAGGCGCGAAGCCACUGGGCGACCGGGACGGGUGCCCCUUAGUGGUCGACCGUCCCGGUCGCCGCUUCACCUUGCAGACGGUGCAGACACUGACCUGCCUCGCUUGUGGGAGGAGAUACCACCGGGGACAUGGGGCACCGGAAGUGCAACAUGGCCGAGGACCUUCUCGAGUGGCGAUGCAGGGCCCACGGUCGGUGAGCCUGAGGCGGGGGGUGGGGCGCGGGCGGCUCCAUCGCAAUGCGAACGACCAUCGGGGAAGGCGCAGCUGCAUGGUGCCGAGGGAGCGGGCAAGGCCGUGGGGCCGGGGGGACUGGCUUCCGGCGCCAUGUCCCCCUUGCCCGCAAGCUCGGAUGCCAGGGCACAACGGUUGGAUGGCCGAAUCAGCCUUCGCCUGGCUGGUAGGGGCGGGGGCGGACACACCAGGGGCCUGGGCAGCGAUGCUCCAGCGGCUGUCCGAGGCGAUGCCAGCCACCGAGUGUGUCGAUGUAUGUGUUUGUAGCCGUGCGCGCGGGCCGGCUGGAA